AUGGUCAUGUCGACGCCUAGCGUCAACAUGUCUCUAGCCACUCGCCGCUGGCAGCCCCAACCUGUUCCCCGGUCGCACCAUGUCCUGGGGUUCCUCAUAAAGGAGGAUAUUGUCAAUCGCACCUUCCUGCCACAGCUCCUCCCGCGUGAGUACGGCCUCACCAAUCAGGAGACUGUGCUCGUGUACGUGGACGAGCACCGCAUGAAGAUGGCCCAUGCGCUCGUACUCGCGGAUAAUCGGCGCCGACCGAAGCAACGAGAGCCGCCUCCGCCCGAAGUAGUGGACAAGAUUGCCGACGACUUGGGGCUUGAAGGCGACGCCCGCGAGCCUGUUUGGUACAAGUGUGUUUAUUAG